CGUUACUACGGCAACACAGGCGCAUUCGGCCCCGCGGUCACCAGUCAACACGGUCGCACGUUGCACCGGAACACCGGGCUCUCUUCUCCUCGGUCUACUUCUAUGCCGGAGGCGGCUCGCCGGUGUUAGCUUCGAGCUAACCCCGCAAUGGACAAUGUCUCCGGCACGUCUGAAGAAAGCGGACCAGAAACCGGCGACGACGGCGGCGGAACCGGCACCGGCACCUCCACGGUGGAGGACGGACUUGUGAACGCUUUCGGCGACCUGGCUGCCCUCCCGGUGGAGGUCGGAGAGAGAAGACCGACGUGUUUACGGUGCCGUCGCCCUCAGAAGGUUUGUCUCUGCCCCUUUCUGCCACAACAACCCCUGGAGGUCUCCACGUGUCUGUACGUGGUGCAGCAUCCUGCAGAGGAGAGCAGAGUACUUCGCACAGUUCCUCUACUAGCUGCCUGUCUGCCGCAAGGAAAAUGCAACGUCAUAGUCGGACGGAGAUUCAACGAGGAAAAACACCCAGAGCUGGCGGCCGUAUGUCGGGACAGCAGGACGUUGAUUCUGUAUCCGGGCCCCAAAUCUCAGAACCUGGAGGAGCUGGUGCAAUACCAGGACGUAGGCACUGUGAAACAUAAUGUGAUCAUCAUAGACGGCACCUGGAGCCAGGCUAAGAACAUGUUCCUCAAAAACAGCCUGUUCCACCUGCCGAAACAGGUCCAGCUCAACAGGACUCUGUCCAGUCAGUACGUGAUCCGCACUCAACCCUCCAACAUCUGCCUGUCCACGCUGGAGUGCGCCGCGGUCGCCCUGUCCAUCCUGGAGCAGAAUGACGACAUCCAAGAGGUUCUGCUGAGGCCUCUGAAAGCCCUGUGCUCCUUCCAGCUGCAGCACGGCGCUCAGAUCCACCACAGCAAGGAGCACCUGCUGAAGAACGGCAUGUACGACAAGCCCAUGCCGAAGAACAAACGCAAGAUAAAGAGGAUGGAGAAGCUCGUCACCGAUCACAACAUCUGCCCGAGAUGAGGGAGAGACCGAGCGGAGGAAAACUCUCUGACUCUGCAUUCACGUCUGAGCACGCCGCACAGGACUGUAUCAUCAGCGUGCAGGCGUGGAAACCACUGGACUCACUGCGAAGUUUUUCUUGUGUUUUUCAGAUUUUUAAAUUGCUGUUUAAUGUAAUUUAUAAGUUAACGUUGUAGUUUAAGUUUCAUGGUGUGACGGUAAAUCAGGUUUGUUUAAAAAAACAACAAAAAAAACUGUUUACAUUGUUCUUCCCGGCACUUUAUAAAACACUACGGUGGUUCUGUUGUGACUGACUCUAUAUGGCGGCUAAAAUCACAUCUGGAAGGGCUUAUUCAGUUUUUUUACUGAGCAAAAAUCUUGAUUCAGAUACAUUACGAAAUAAAAAAUACCUCU